ACCAGGAGCUCGCGGCACUCCCAGGGCACCCAGCCCGGCUUGGCCGAUCAAGCUAAACUCUCCUUUGCCUCGGCCGAAUCCCUGGAAACCAUGUCGGAAGCGGAGCUGCCCCUGGGGUUCAACAGGAUGAACCGGUUUCGGCAGAGCUUGCCCUUGUCCCGCUCCACCAGCCAGACCAAGCUGCGAUCGCCAGGGGUCCUUUUCCUUCAAUUUGGGGAUGAGACCAGGCGCGUCCACAUCACCCACGAGAUCAGCAGCAUGGACACCCUGCACGCCCUCAUCGUCCACAUGUUCCCCCAGAAGCUCACCAUGGGGAUGCUGAAGUCUCCCAACACCGCCAUCCUCAUCAAGGACGAGUCGCGCAAUGUCUUCUAUGAGCUGGAGGAUGUCCGUGACAUCCAGGACAGAAGCAUCAUUAAAAUCUACCGAAAAGAGCCGCUCUACGCAUCCUUCCCGGCCUCGCACAUCACCAAUGGUGACCUGAGGCGGGAGAUGGUGUACACCUCCAGGGAGUCGUCGCCCACCCGCCGCCUCAACAACAUGUCCCCGGCAUCCCCCCUCACCUCCGGCUCCCCGCCGCCCGUGCUGCAGUCCUCCUCCCCGUCCCGCUCCCGCAUGUCCUACAGCGGGGGUCGCCCACCCUCCUAUGCUGGCAGCCCUGUCCAUCACGGUGAGCGUCUCUCCACCCUCCCCCCGGCCCAGGGGGUCUCCCCCAGCCCCAGCGCCAUCCUGGAGCGCCGGGACGUGAAACCAGACGAGGACCUGGCGGGGAAGAACGUGAUGCUGGUGAAGAACGAGGGGCUGUACGCCGAUCCUUACGGCAUGGUGCACGAGGGCCGGCUCAGCAUCACCUCCACACAGUCCCUGGCCGGCAUGGGAGACCCUUUUGGCUACUCGGGUGGGUUGUACAAGCGAGGAUCUGUACGCUCGCUCAGCACCUACUCGGCAGCCGCCCUGCAGACGGACCUGGGGGACCGCCUCUACCAAACCAAUGCACCCAUCUACAGCGACACGUACGGCCCCGGUCUGGGCUUCCGCAUGCCCCCCUCGUCCCCGCAGAAGAUGGCCGAGGGGCGGCUGGUGGACAUGCAGCCAGGGCAGAGCCCGCACAGCCCCUACUCGGGCCCCCCCAGCCGUUCCUCGCCCGUCCGUCAGUCCUUCCGCAAGGACUCCUGCUCCUCCGUCUUUAUGGACAGCCCCGUUAACAAACCACGCAACCCCAGCUCCUCCGGUCCUCCGGAGCUGUUUCCUGGCCCUGGUGAUCGCCCCCUUUCAGGGUUCGGCUCCCCUGGACCAGCCAAGGACACGGAGACGAGAGAGCGGAUGGAGGCGAUGGAGAAGCAGAUCGCCAGCCUGACGGGGCUGGUGCAGAGCGCACUGCUCCGCGGCUCUGACGCUGAGACCCCAGGUGAGGAGCAGGAGGGUCGGCAUGGGACCCCUGGGGUCAUCUGCGGGGAGGGGGGACUCCCUGAUACAGAGACUGGGGGUCGCAGCGGCAUGGGGACCCCGGUGCCUGCGCCCCCGCCGCCCUCAGCCAGCAGCACCCCAGCAGGGCAGCCCACCGCCAUCACCCGCCUGCACAUGCAGCUGCACCUCCACGACCUGCAGCAGAAUGCCAGCGACCUCCGCAACCAGCUGCAGCAGCUCAAGAAGCUGCAGCUGCAGAACCAGGAGACGGUGAAGACGAUGCUGCGGCGGACAGAGACAGAGAUCAGCGUGCGGGUGACGGACACCGUGCGCAAGCACGAGGACCCCCUGCAGCGCCAGCGCAGUUUGGUGGAGGAGGAGCGGCUCCGCUACCUCAAUGAGGAGGAGCUCAUCACCCAGCAGCUCAAUGACCUGGAGAAGUCAGUGGAGAAGAUCCAGAAGGAUUUGAGCCACAACCACCGGCUCAUCCCGGUGCAGGAGCUGGAGGAGAAGGCGGUGGUGCUAAAGCAGCUCGGGGAGACACUGACGGACCUCAAGGCCCAGUUCCCCAGCCUGCAGAGCAAGAUGCGGGUGGUGCUGCGGGUGGAGGUGGAAGCUGUCAAGUUCCUCAAGGAGGAGCCGAACCGCCUGGAUGGGCUGCUCAAGCGCUGCAAGACAGUGACGGACACUCUCGCCCAGAUCCGCAGGCAAGUGGACGAGGCGUGGACCACCCCCAGCACCCUCAGCCAGUCCCCCAAGAAGGUGGCCCCCGAGACAGAGUUCAGCAAGGGGCUGGAGCUGGAGAUGCCCACCAGUCCCCCAGUGAGCCUGCACCCCCUGACGACUGCCACUGACGCCCUGGGCAUGCCCAGCUUCGGACACAGCCCCCCCCAGACCCAGACCCACCCCUCCAAGAGCAAUAACCCUUCCCGAGCUCCCGAGAUGGUACCUGCCAAGACCCAAACGGGUCCCGAGACCCCCAGCAAGAAGAGCGCGGACAAAGCUGCAGCCGAGCGGGACUGGGAGGAGAAGCGGGCGGCGCUGACCCAGUACAGCGCCAAAGACAUCAACCGGCUGCUGGAGGAGACCCAGGCCGAGCUGAUGAAGGCCAUCCCCGACCUGGAGUUCGCCGCCAAGCACAAGCAAAGCGCAGGCAGCAGCAGCACCGCCUCCACGCCCGAGCACAAACCCUCCAAACCACAGCACGUGCCCAAGUCAGGGAGCAAGGGGGACCCCAAUGGCCGCAGGGGCUCAGACGAACUGACAGUGCCACGGUACCGCACCGAGAAACCCUCCAAAUCACCGCCGCCGCCUCCUCCGCGACGGAGCUUCCCCUCAUCCCACGGGCUCACCACAACCCGCAGCGGCGAAGUCAUCGUCACCAGCAAGAAGGAGCCCGGGUUCAUGAAGAAGGCCGAGUCGGAGGAGCUGGAGACCCAGAAGCCGCAGGUGAAGCUGCGCCGGACGGUGUCGGAGGUGGUCAGGCCGGCGUCCACCCCUCCCAUCAUCGCUUCUGCCAUCAAGGACGACGACGACGAGGACCGCAUCAUCGCGGAGCUGGAGAGCGGGGGCGUUUCCAUCCCAGCCAUGAAGGUGGUGAACCCAGCGUCGCGGCUGAAGCAGGGCCAGCAGGGCAGCCCCGACAAGAGCAAGCACAUAAAGCAGCGGAUGGAGUACAUGCGCAUCCAGGGCCAGCAGCAGGCCGCUAGACCAUCUAAAGAGGGUAGUGAGACUUCCCCCGCGGUCCCCGAAAAGCCCGCAUCUGGCAGGACCUCCAUCCCCGUAUUGACUUCCUUUGGGGCGAGGAACUCCUCCAUCUCAUUCUGA